AUGGUUCGGACGGCCUUCAUCCAGGACGAGUUCAGCCGACUCGUUCUCCUCAGCGACCGGGCGCACGGCGUCUCCAGCCAAUCCGACGGAGAGAUCGAGGUGAGGAGAAACAAAACCCCAAACGCACAGAACGGGACAAACACACAACCAGGCCACAAACACACACCAGAACCCAAAAAGAAGAAAAGGAAAGGAAAGAAAAGAAAAGAACAGCCCCCCCCCUUCCCGCCCGGAGCAGACGGCCUGCGUUCCGUCAAGGCCUCCAAAAAUUCCUCGACUUUCCCAGAAUUCCCUCUCGGAGCCAAGCCGUAG